AUGAUUCCGUCCUCACAACGUCACACAACCUCUCAUCACAAACAAAGCGACCAUCAUGUACAGUCCACUCAAGAAUCACUCACCGAUCUUUCAUUAGAUGACACAGGUGAGGACUAUUUAGACUCACUUUCAGCAGUUUCGUCGGAUUAUGGAAGUCUUGCAUCGCUGAGUCAAUCAUCAGCAUCGGAACAUCACGCCUUGCUGAUGAGUAGCACUCGUAAUGUUGUUGCACAUAACUUCAAUGAAUUACCCAAUGAAAUUCUUGUACAUAUAUUAAUUUAUUUAAACGGUGCACAAAUUUUAAAGUUAGAAAGCUUAUCCAAGAAAUUCUAUCAACUCAUUCACCAUGAAGACGAAUCGGAACGUCAAUAUAAUAAGAAAAUUAGAAGAAAAAGAAUUCCCAUCAAGGAGAAGAGAAAGGAGCAGCGGAGAUUGUCGAUUAAUUUAGCUACAAUGAUCGCAUCAUCAGGAUUAGAUUUACAUUCCAUUACCUCUGGCUAUGAAUUUUGGAUCUUUUUAAAUGAAGUGCACUUCAAAGAUGAAACUCAAAGAAGAAGAAAAGAAUAUCCAUCAGCUAUUCAACCCAGAAUAUUUUACAUGUACCAUUUGAAAGUCACAUGGCUUAAUGAAAAAUAUAGUGUUGAAAAGGCAUUGAGAUCUCUUGAAGACGCAUUGACUUCUCAUCCUUACUUUAAUGAAGUGUGUAUAUUCUCGCCUCACUUAUUGAGAUUAUAUUAUUUGUUGUACUUGAUGGAUCGAGAUUAUGCAACCAUGGAUUUGAGAUAUCAUCCUUUUGAAGAACUCAAGCUCGAAGUUGAAAAACAUGUUACACCAAUCGCUAAACAUGUGAUGGAAAAGGACAUGCGAGCUGGUCAAGGGUCCAUGAAAAUGAUUGCCAUUGUCAAACUAGCACCCAAGGACGUGUUGAGAAGUGUACAACCAGGUCAACACGAAUCACUCACACAAGAACAAAUGGCCCAACAGAUCUUACUUGAAGCAUAUUCUGAUAAAGAUUUCAGAGAUGACAGAGAUGUGAGCAUGGUCAAGUUUAUUCAUGAAAUGAAUCCAUCUUCACAUGUAAAUUAUAAAUAUGAGUUAGAUGAAGAAGAUGUUGGAGAUAAAGGUGGAAAGAUUACUAAUACUCUUAAUGCCAUCUACAAAAGUUGGUACUCCAAGUGGAGAGAUGUGAUUAAUAAGAAUCGUGACUAUCAAUCAUUCAAGAGUUAUGAUUUUAGAGAAUUAGAGACAAUUAAGAUUCGUUCUGGAUUCAGCUGUGACAAUGGGUUGAGAUGUGCCAAUAGUUGGAUCAAACGCGACUAUGUUUAUACUAAAUUAUUGCAAAGACAGUUACACUAA